AUGACCACUUGUAAUUUUGGAGCAAGACCUAGAGCUCAAGCAGUAAACAAGUUGACUUUUAUAUAUUACGAGGAAGAACAGCUCGAUCUAUUGGAAGAAGGCGUCGAGAUAUGGCCAAGCUGGGACACGCUAGGUCGACCGGUCAUGAACGCAAGGUUCGUGCCUAUCUCGACAGUUGAGAUAUCGUCAAGCUGGGACACGCUAGGUCGACUGGUCAUGAACACAAGGUUCGUACCUAUCUCAACUGCAUUCGGUGACAAGCUGGGACACGCUAAGUCGACCGGUCAUGAACGCAAGUCAAUAAGGAAUGGAAUUUGUAACGGAUGCCCCAAAAAUGAAAAUGACGCAAUUUUAGGCUCACUCAUGAUUCAUCCGGUGUUACGAUAUCUUGCAAAUGCACUAGCUGGUCAUCCUAUAUACGUACCAGGCGAGAUUUCCAUAAAGCUAGUGCAAAUCAGCGAUUAUUACGACUCCCCUGGUGAGAAAGGACAUGAAUUAGACAUGAUAGAGUUAUCCGGUAGCUAUUUGACCUUUGAUAUGCCUCGCUAUCCGAAGGAUUAUGCGAAGGGAUAUUGA